GGUUUCGACUGACGAAAAUGGACGAAGACUGUGAUUUAACUGAAGAUUUUGACUGUCCAAGCCUUCUGUGUGAGGAACUGGAGGAUUUGGAAACAAAGAACAACCAAGGGAGUAUGAGGAGGAGUGAAGGAGAGGAGGAAGUGUUUAAUCAGAGGGAGGAUAAAGAGACAGGGCGAGAAGAGAAGGAGGAGGAGAGAGAAAAAAAAGUUGUGUCAGAAAAGGAACUGAUGGUGACAGAGGGAGAAGAGGAGGAGCAGGUGAAGUUAGAGAGUAGGCUGGCAGCGGAGGAAGCACAGGAGGUGCAGAUGGACGACAAGAUUGAGAACAACGAGGAAACAAUUGCUGAUAAGCAAGAGGACAAAGAACCAAAAGGUCUAGAAGAGAGAGAUGAGAAGAAAAAGAGUAGGAAGAGGCGAGGAAAGAAACAAAGUGAGCGGGUGAGAAACAGGAGAGGUUUAAAAGAUGUCAGUGAGUGGUUUGAGGAGGAAAAGAAGCAGGAGGUGUUAGUGGUGAGCUCAGAGGAGAGCUCGACUCUGUCAGAGCCUCCCAUUGGACUGAUGAACAGCUGCGACCUGUCUGAUCCCGUCUAUCUGGGUUGUGGGGGGACAGGGUUGUAUUGCCCCCCAGUUCCUGUUCCCCUGCUGUACUCCUCCCAACCUCCAGUCCCCAUCCAACCUGCACCUCCUCAGCCCCACGGGACAAAAAGGCCUCACAGCCCCCUUCUGCCUCACAGUCUCCCCCAGCAGGGUCCACAGCCUCUCGAGAUGGAGAUAACCCAGGUCUACUCUACCCGGCGCUCCAUCCGCUACAGCACCAGGGGUCGAGGCCGGGCCCUGAACUUCUCUCUGCUGUCGGGGUUAGAGACUGUGGACAGCUGCCUGCUGCCACCUGCACCGAAGAAGAAGACACGCACACUCUACAGUACUGAUCAGUUAGAGCAUUUAGAGGCCUUGUUCCAGAAGGACCAUUAUCCUGACGCAGAGAAGAGGAAAGUCAUUGCUGCUUCAGUUGGUGUCACACCUCAAAGAAUUAUGGUCUGGUUUCAGAACCGCAGGGCUAAGUGGAGGAAAGUGGAGCGCUCCAUCACAGCAAAAGUUGAACACAGACAGAGUAGAGCUGGAUGCAGCAGCAGCAGCCCCCUCCAUCAACAAAUAAAUCCCACCCUGCCUACACUGGCACCCAACAGUAUGGGUGGUCCCUCUUUUUCUGGUCACUAUGCUACCAAGCUGCCCCAGCUCACCCCUGCAGCACCUUCUUUCCCCACCCUGUCCAACCAGACUCUGCCCUCCUACAGCAACCUGCUGGCCAGUCUCAACAGCCCAGGUCAAUCCAGAGUGAGCGAUGGGGGCCAGCAUCAGCUUUCAUCACAGGGGGGGUUAGCAGAGUACCACCCCCGCCCCAUGCACAGCCCUCCCCCACUGCGGCGGGCCAGUCUCCCCCUUUUCACAACGACCUACAACUCCGCCAACCCCACUCCACCUCUCCUUAACACCCUGGCUCACACUCCACCUCUGUUCCUGGAUGCUGUGGAGGGUGGCUCCUCCUUGGCCCAUCGUGACAUGCAGUCUCUACAGACAGACUCCAGCUCUCUAUUUGACUUUGGGGAGAAGCUCGACUAUCUGACCUCAAGCCAGCAGAACAACACUCUCCCCUACCAGCUCCAGACCUCCUACCCCACCAACCAGCCCCAGCACCAACCUCAAGCAUCCAUGCCCCGAAUGGCCUACCUCACCCCCUCCUCCUACCUCACCCCAAACCCUCCAGAUUCCAACCCUACCUCUUACCUGACCUUUGGCCCUGGAGGAAACUCCACUGGGAGGGUGACCUACUCCACUGGAGGCCACGCCUACUUCCAGUCCCAGAACGCAGGACAAAUCCUGCUGCAGUCGGCCGGUCAUCAUGGUGGGAUCACAACGUACCAGUCGUACCCGUGGGGUAACAUGUACAGUCAACCAGCCAUCCACCAGCGUACUCAGUGCCCACCAGCGUACCCCGCCGGCUUGGGAGGUGCUCGAGACCACCAGCCGCCCUCCUCCACCCCACUGCCUCCCCCUUCAUUCUUCACACGGGGGGACCACGGGCCCUCACAUGCUACCUCCCAGCGCUCAUCACACACCCAUACACACACCACCAGCAACAGCACCACCACCGUCCUCCCUCCUGUGUCCACCCUGCGGCCCUCUCGCCUCAGAGCAGAGAUCACCCCAACCAAGGCAGCAGGGAUGCUGCCUUCUCAGGUCAGCCCUGCCUCUCCAGAAAGCCCUCCAGUGCCCCCUUGUGUCAAGAUUGAGUAUGACAGCCCUCGAGAGAUUCACAGCCACUUCCAUUGCGACUUCUCCCCCAUACGUUUUUGACUACAUGUUUGUUUGUGUGAGAGAGUGUGUGUUUGAAGUACCUGUGUAAAUAUGUCCUGUGUAAAUGUGUGAGUGUGUCUCUCUAUGUUCCAUUUAUAUUACUAUUAGGAUGUUCUCAGUAGACAUAAUAAUGUCAACAUGCUUGGUUGGGUUGCAUUUAACUUGGCUGCAAUAAAUGCUCAUUGCUCUGUUAAUCCUUUCAAGCUUUUGCUAUGAUUUAAAUCAGGGAUAUCCAACAUAUUUUUGCUCUGCGGACUGUUUUUAUUGAGACAGUUUUGUUGUGGACCGGCAGACCAAACAUAGAGGAGUGUGUGAGGU